AUGGAGAAAGAUUGCUUUGAUCGCCUACCUGAUGCUCUUCUCCUCGUUAUCUUCAACAAAGUAUGUGAUGCUAGAUCUCUCACUCAGUGCAUCUCGGUCUCCAAGCGUUUCGCUUCUCUCGUCUUCGAAGCCGACACAGUAUUUGUUUCCAUCCCUCCUGCCAAACGCAACUCAGAAGCAGAAGACCCAUCAAGAAGGAAUCUUUUUAAGAUUCUUUUUAGUAAAUUCAUAGCCAAACCGCUACUCCAUUUUAUUGCUCACAGGUCAAUUACUACAGACCGAAAAAUUGUUUCUUCUUGUUCACCAAAAGAAGUUUUGAAGCAUUUCAAACAAGUUAAAACUAUGCACAUAGAGCUUCCUUCUGACAGUGACAAAACAGGAUUGGAGGGAAGUGAUUCAUUGCUUAAAUGGGAAGCCAGGUUUGGUAGCGAGCUAAAGAGUAUUGUUAUUAUUGGCGCUACAUCUUUUCAGAAAAAAAUACAGCCUUUAUCAUCAGACAAGUUUUCUGAAAGCAAUGGAGAAGUUUUAACUGAUAAUCAACUGAAGUUACGAGUUGUGUGGACAAUUUGCUGCUUGAUUGCUGCUUCAACAAGGCAUUAUUUGCUGAAGCAGCUGGUUUUGAAAGAACAUCACGUACUAGAAAAUAUCAUAGCAAGUGACGUAUGCAAGCAGGGGAGGGUUUUUAUGGGAAAAGAUGAGAUUGAUGAGAUGAGAAGUUCAGUGAAAUCAAUGGCGACGACAGAAUCAUCUUCGGAGAGGAGCCGAGUGCCUGAUUUGAGCAUGAAGUUGUGGUAUGUGCCCGUGCUAGAUUUGCCAGAAACUGGGUACAUAAUGAGAGGAGCCACACUUGUUGUGAUUAGACCGAAAGAUCAUGGGCAGAUUGGAAGUGGAAGUGAGGGUGGUUUGUUUGGUUUCGAUGGGGAAGAGUGUGAAAAGAAGGCAUUUAAUGAAGCUGUGAGAGAGAUGGUGAAGAUGAAGAAGAGCUAUCGAAUGACAAUGGAUUCCUUUUGA